UCCAGAAUUUCCUAGUCUGGGUUCCUGACAGUCCAGGGUCACAGGAAGUUUCGGCAUUUUGAUGGUAUCGCCUGCAUGGGAUCUCGGACGGGCUGGGCUUGCUCGGUCAAGGCUUGGACUCCGUUGUUGAUGCCUGCCUCGCGAGUGAUGCGCUGCGCCCAAUGGAGUCCGGCCUGAAGCAAGCCUGGCUUGCUUGCGUGGCUGGCCAGGCGCAUGCCUUUCUUCUAGGCAGCUGGAUUCCUAGCGGUGCCAACGAGGUCUGCUGGCAAGAUGGUUCGCUGUGGCUGUCGCGAGAAACCGACGUUUUGGUAAAGACCCGUCAGGAUUCGGCACAUAGAGUGCAGAUCAAAUCACGGAUCAGAGUUGAAUCAUGAAGGUGGAACGAAACUGCCGGGCCGGGUACAACGGAAUGGCUGGGCC